AUGGCCAUUGUUACCAAGUUUCCCGAUUUUCGUGAAGGGUCCAACGAAUUUUCACAAGCAUUGUUUUUGUUCACCAAAAAGCAAAAUCGUGAAGCUUUUAUGUUUCCAACGACUAACGAAGCCAAGAUGGGUUUCUUUAAGAUGGAUAGUGAUGACUCUAAAUCUUCUAAUGAUAAUGAAGAAUGGUGGGUGGAAAAGGAUAGAGAAUUUAAAGAUUACAUUAGUGCUAUAGAUGGGACACACGUUAGGGCAUCAAUUCCACAAAACGAGGAAGCGAAGUACGUUGGUCAAAAGAGAUAUCCAACACAAAAUAUAAUGGUUGUUUGUGAUUUUAACAUGCGUUUUACAUUUGUAUGGGCCGGUUGGGAGGGGACUGCACAUGACACAAGAAUUUUCAAUGAAACCUUACAGAGACUAGAUCUUAAUUUUCCAUAUCCAACAGGUGAUAAAUAUUACAUUGUUGAUGUUGGAUAUCCAAAUACUAGAGGGUAUCUUGCUCCAUACAAAGGCACAAAUAUUCGUUAUCAUUUACCAGAUUUUCGACGUAGACACUCGGCUGUUGUUCGUGAACCUCGUGGACCGAAAGAGAAAUUUAACUAUCUCCACUCAUCAUUGCGAAAUAUCAUUGAAUGA